UUGGCCUGAUUCUAGUGACCUACAUCUCGGGACCACUUGGACAAUUUGCUCGUGGGAUGUUCAUGCUCUCUGAUGCAAUCUUCGCAACAGGAUCGAUGGAUGGUGGGUGUGGAGUUCCAUCAGGAUCAGGAUCAGGAUCAGGAUCGAGCGCGGCCUGUUUGCACUAUCGAUGUUGAUUGUAGGCCGUAGCUAGUUCUUCCAUGACAACAAGUGGAGUUAUCAAGGAAACUGUCACCGAUCAGAGCAACCUCAAAGACUGUCACAGUGAGCUAUCGAAACUUCGGGGUAUGGAUGCCUUCAAUCAAGUACGCGACCAGAAUUCGCUGAAAGAAAACUAACCGCGCAGUGCUCUAGAUCUAUGCCAUCGAAAACCGUCGACGAAAGUACAAGACCAGAUCUCGGUUUCGGAAUUUCUGUUCGGUCUUCAAGCGCAGGAGGACGUGUUGCUACAUUCGACCCUCCUGAAUCGAUGCGAAUUUGUGUUGUACCCUCCAGAGGAAUUCGGACGCCCAGUUUCUGUGUGGCGAAGUCGAUAACCUUCGGUGGUCCAGAUGAAUUUCCUCGGUACCCGACGUUGUGACGUCUGGAAGUGAAAUCAAAUGUGCUUGCCUGCGCAUCGUACGCAACGGGGAUUGGGUUUCUGAUGUGUGCCUCGAAGCUCAGGUGAAGUUGCGCAGACGUGCUACGAGGUGUGCGUGCAGGCGAGAUCGAACUCGUGUGGACUGGAUUGAUGACAGACGCGCACGGUGGCUUGCCAUUGGAGCUGUACAGGCAAAGCCCGAUCCACGGAACGAACACCUGAAGUGACGGGUGAUGGUGGUGGUGGUGGUGGUGGGCCUCUCCUCUAUUCCACACACCGCUACAACCAGAUCCAGAACGUGCUAAUGCGCCAAGGAGACGAGCAAAUUGUCGCGAUCGGGGUUCGUCCAAGUGGAUCAGAUCUCCAUGAUGCGACGUAGCAAGCAGGACAGGCGAAGCUGAAACCUGUUGCAAUCGGCCGAGGACACAGGACAGACGUAUGCGAGCUCGGCCGCUCUGCUCUCAUCGACUCAAGAACGGCAAUGUGGACAGAAAUUUCCACCUGCAGAUUUCCACCAUGACCCCGUGUAAUUCCAGCUGUGAAAAUAAGAAAUCAGUCGAUUCACUCGGGCAUCGACGAACAAAUACCUCCUCGGGGUUUAACCGGUGGCAGAGAUUGUUGUUUGCCAGAACGAGAUGAGCUCCAUGGCUCCGAGGCACGAAAUCCACUCAAAAGCCGUCCGGAUUUAGAAGCUUGGCCAAGCGAGCGAGCGAGCGAGGGGUCAAAUGCUCCGACCGCCUCUCUUCGUUCGGUCCGUGAUUCUCGUCGACGGUGAUUCCUACCCUGCGCAUCCCUUCCUCUGCUCGCCCUGUCCGCGGGCUCCCAACCCUCCUCAAGUUGUCCCGUAUCGUAUCUGCCAUCGCUGACAGGCAGGCAGGCAUGUGCACCAAGCUUUGGACAUCGGCUCCCCCAACGGAAUGGUAGCUCUGUGGGGCUGCCAUGGUCUGGCCAAAAGGGCCCAAAAGGUGGCGACCGGAUCCGAGACAUGACUCCAUCGUCUCUCUACGAUUCUCGCGCAGCAGGAGGGCCCGGUAACGUGGCCACGGGGAUUUACUCAAAUUCACUCCUCCACCGUGACAGAGAUGCGCGCAAUCGAGGUUAGGGUUGCGGCCAUUGACUCUAGGUCGACCGGAUGUGCUUUCCAAAAGCCUAUGCGGAGACGAUGGCUGUCACAGAUGCUACUCCCGCUGACAGUCCCCAUCCCAUGUCCAUCCGAGUUCUCUGGAAGUGCCUGGGUGGGGCAUUCGGCAUUCGGCGAAUCGGGAUCCCGGAUUCGAGACGGACGAGGCGAAUCGAACAAAGAUCGGCUAACUUUGGAUGAACUCUUGGAUGCAUUCCUCCUCCUCCGGGGCGGAGACACGAUCUGAUGGCCGGCCUGGUGCUCGCUCUCUGCCGAGCUCGCCCGCCCCUGGCCUGUUCGAGGUGACGAGGUCGUGGGGGUAUAACCCGCAGGCCCGGGGGGGAAGGGGGGGCAUUAAUGACGGGGCUUUCAUCUUUUCGCCCUCCCUGUCGAUCGAUCCAUCGAUGGAUGCCCCCGCAGGACCGUUGCGUGGGGGCCACUGGCGAACGUUUUCUUCCGCAGGGGCGCCGAACGGACACUAGUGCCCGGCUCGAGUGGGCAGCGCCGGCGGCCCUCGAGCGCCGAUCUCGGAAAGGUUAUCGGGGGCCGGGAAACACUGAUCGCCGGCAGUCCCGACUCCAGGUUCCGGCCUCGGCCCACGCUGCCAGGCUGGCUGCCCAGUCAGCGGGAUGGCUGAUUGGGCAUGCGAGGGGCCGAGCACCCCACCUACUGCUCUUCAGAGAGUCGGCGUAGCGGUGACUCGGGCCCCUCUCGGGUAAAUGCCUUUGCCGAGAUGGGGAGGUAGAGGUUGUCAAUCUGCACCACAGCUUGCUGUUUGCUUGUUCCCCUUCGGACGCCUUCUUCUAGACUAGGAUUCUGGCGGCCUGCUGGAGCGGUCGUACUUUCCUCCAGAACCUAGUCUUCGAGAGCACCGCCGAGUUGCAUCCUCGUGCCUCAGCAGAGCGCGAGCGAUUGAGCGAGCAUGCGGAGGAAAAAGAUACAGCAUGGAAAAUUGACCAACGUUUCCCUGCAAUGAGGCCGGGGCAGCGGUGAAGUUGCGAGCGAGGCCGAUGCAGUAGUCAGAGCAGGAGGUCUCCAUCGCUUGACUCGAGCAUCGGCUCCGUGAGCUGUGAACGAAAGAGUUCUACCUGUCAUCUACUGCCUCCAUCCGCAUAUCCAUAUCCAGCAGGAUGCACGCUGGCUCAGUCGAGCUGGGCUGGGCUGUCUUGUCUGGCCGGGCCGCCCUCUCUCACAACAUCCAGCGACCAGGCAAUGCCCAAAAAUACAACUCGCAUUUAACUGGACAAAUACAAGGAUCUCGGCUUGAGUACUCCCUUUAUGAGGUAGGGAUGGUGAAAGGUCGUUGUCCUGAGGGUCACGAGGAUGAGGAAAGGGAACGGAAGGGACGGGGGGACGACUUGCAAGCCUCUGGAAAUGACAACUGCUCAAACGAUCAGUCAACUCAGAAGAAGGAAUUCUUCAGAAUGUGCUGGGUGUUUUUAACUGGCUUCCCUUGCGGCCAGCACAGCACAGCACUUACUCGGUGAAAAUGCGAAGGUUAAAUAUUCGGUCUGUAAAAUAUUCGUAAAAUAUCACUGUUUUCACCUGAAAGGAAAGUGAAGGAAGGAAGGCAGGGGAGGAAUGUGGUGUGAUCUUGUCAUGUCAAAACGGUUGAGUGUGAUCCGAUGUGCUCAGAACAGAUCAGCAGCAGCAGCAGUAGGAGUAGCCUCUCUUCACUUUACUGGUUGCAGUGUAAGCUAGCACUACUAGUUUCGUGUUGGCUCGUAUCACAGCCGGUGAACCUGUGAACUCUUGAAAGACUGUUUCUUCAAAGCUCUCUUUUUGGUCGACAAAAG